AAAUGAUACCUGAUAGGUAUUUGGAGACACAUUUUAAAACAUUGACUCAAACCAAAAAAAACCCUUGUCGUCCGAAUCUGUUCCAACUUCCAACCCAAAAAGGGAUUACCCAUGUCCCAUGCGUACCCACUGCACACUAUAACCGCGCAUCUGUAAUAUCUUCCCUACUUUCUGUAUCGCCAUUAAUCCUGAAUCCUGAUGCUGUACGGGUGCAGUGUUCCUUUGGUAGCGUUGUGCGUAAUAAAUCCAACCUUUCUCCCAUUUCCAUUCGUGGAGCACACAAACAAAUAAGAGUAAGACAUGGUCAUAUAUGUGAAACCAAAGUAGAGAUUUGCUCUUCCAUACAUGUAUCAAUCCAGGCAGCUGGAUUGAUGAAGAUAACAAAGCCUUUCAAUAUCAAAAUAUCAACUACUACUGAUAGCACAAUAGAACGAGCCUUGGCAAGCUUGUAUCAGGUCCAUUUUCUUGACUAUGGUGCAUGUGGUCACCUCAUCCAGCACUUCACCAAUCACCAUCUGGUUAGGCAAGGGAAGCAAAUUCACGCCCGCCUUAUUCUCACUUCUGUUAUCCCCGAUAAUUUUCUUGCUUCAAAGCUGCUCACUUUUUAUUCCAAGUCCGGUUCUCUUUAUGAAGCCUACAAGGUGUUCGACAAAAUUCCCAACAAAAAUAUCUUUUCAUGGAAUGCAAUGUUUAUUGCCUAUUCUUUACACAACAGGCAUUCUGAAACGCUGAAGCUCUUUUCAUCUUUGGUAGCUUCAUCAACAGGAACGGUUAAACCUGAUAAUUUCACAGUUACCUCUGUCCUGAAGGCAUUGUCAUGUCUGUUUCCUGAUUCAAGAUUGGCCAAGGAGAUUCAUAAUUUUGUUCUUCGACAUGGGUAUGAAUCAGAUCUGUUUGUAGUUAAUGCUUUGAUUACCAUCUAUGCAAGGUCUAGCAAUUUGGGGUUGGCGAGAAAAUUGUUUGAUUGGAUACCGGAUAGAGAUAUUGUGUCUUGGAAUUCUAUGUUGGCUGGGUAUUCUCAGGCUGGAUUCUAUGAGGACUGCCUGAGAUUGUAUAGGGAGAUGGAAAAUUGCACUUAUUUGAAACCAAAUGAGGUCACGGUAGUUAGUGUUCUGCAAGCCUGUGCACAGUUGAAAGAUCUUAAUUUUGGGAUGGAAAUCCAUCGCUUUAUAAUUGAGAACAAAGUCAAGGUGGAUAUGUCCGUUUGUAAUUCUAUUAUAGGAUUGUAUGCGAAAUGUGGGAGCUUGAAUUAUGCUCGAGAAUUAUUUGAUGAGAUGACUGAAAGGGAUGACAUUAGUUAUGGCUCCAUGAUCUCCGGUUACAUGCUUCAUGGAUUUGUAAAUAAAGCAUUGGAACUAUUUGAGGGAAUAGAAAAACCUGGAUUGAACACUUGGAAUGCUAUGAUCUCUGGACUUGUUCAGAAUAACCACCACGAGGGUGUCCCAGAACUAUUACGAAAACUUCAAACUGCAGGUCUUAGGCCAAAUUCUGUGACUUUAGCGAGUGUUCUUCCGACAUUUUCAUAUUUUUCAAACCUAAAAGGUGGAAAACAGAUACAUUGUUAUGCUAUUAGAAAUGGUUUUGAUCAGAACAUCUUUGUGGGGACUGCCAUAAUUGAUACAUAUGCAAAAGCAGGGUUUCUGCAUGCGGCCCACCAGGUCUUUGUGCAAUUGGGGAGUAAGAGUGUGAUUGUUUGGACAGCUAUUAUCUCAGCAUAUGCAGCCCAUGGUGAUGCCAAUGCUGCACUUAGACUAUUUCAUGAGAUGAUUACUGGUGGUAUCCUGCCAGAUCCUGUCACAUUUACAGCAGUCCUAGCAGCUUGUGCACACGCUGGACUGGUAGAUGAAGCCUGGCAGAUCUUUAAUACCAUGCUUCCAGAAUACAGGAUACAGCCUACAAUUGAGCAUUAUGCUUGUAUGGUUGGAGUCAUUAGUCGGGCUGGAAUGCUUUCUGAAGCAGUUCAAUUCAUUUCUAAAAUGCCUAUAGAACCAAAUGCCAAAGUAUGGGGUGUGUUACUCAAUGGUGCUGCAGUUUCUGGGGAUGUUGACCUUGGUAAGUUUGUUUGUGAUCAAUUGUUUGAGAUUGAACCUGAGAACACAGGGAACUAUAUCAUUCUGGCAAAUCUAUAUUCACAAGCAGGGAGAUGGGAAGAAGCUGAAAGGGUUAGGGAGAAGAUGAAAAAGAUGGGUUUGAAGAAAGUUCCUGGUUGUAGCUGGAUUGAAACGAGUUGUGGAUUGCAGAGUUUUGUAGCUGGAUAUGUGUCAGACCACAGCACAAAAGAGAUUUAUGAAAUCUUAGAAGGAAUGGUUGAAUUGAUGAAAGAAGAAGGUUAUGUUCCCGCAAAUGAUUUGGAUGAAGAUAGUUUUUAUAGUUGAAGAUCAAAAUUUUGAGGAUUUUGAUAUUUAAAUAUUAUUUUUUUCUAGCUUAACUUUUUACAACACAAGGGUAUGCCAGCACCUUUACUCAAUUGUUGGGGUGGCAAUUUUUGACCUAAACCAUUUGACCCAUCCACCUAACUCCACCAGUGUGAGCUUGUCUCAUACUUCUGGUCCCAAGUCCGGAUAAAGGAGGAGGGUUGCCUCAGGAUGACAGCUGGCACUAAAACUUUUGCCUAACCUUCAUGAAUAUGGAUCCUGAUGAUGAUGACCAUUUGACCCAUCCACCCAUAAACCAUCGAAAACCCUAUCAUUUAACAAGUUGAUUAGAUGUAAGUCAAGUAAUCCAUUGGGUCACAUAGAAAGGGUUAGUGUGGGUUGGCUUGAGGGUAUCUAUAUGGUCGCCAUUUAAGGUUCCAAUGCACUCCUCUAUCUCUCUCUCCACAUCCACUUCUCCACCUAUUUGUAGAGAAGACAGAAUCUUCAAGUGGGCUUGAACACUACUCUACAACUCG